AUGGUCGACACCACAACAUUUGGACACGAGCAACCAUCACAGCAGCCGCCAAAGUCGUGGCACUAUCAUUCCAUGAUGAUGUUAGGGCACACUCAACUCAGCGGCGUUUCCUUUUGCGCUUAUGAUCACGUGGACGGACAAGAUUUUCCGACUAGUUCUCUGGCGCAUGACUCGGUUUUGGUGGAGGGGGCAGGAGGAGAUGACAAAGACGAUCACAUGACAGAACGCAGUGGCGAAGAUGAAGAACGCUUCUCACGCUUGGAUUCCGAAGUGGCCAGCUUUGAAGACGAGGAUUGCUCUUCCCAGGAAGCGCAGAAGUUUUGGAAGCUGAUGUUCCUGUUCGAGCUAGAUUUCGGGCAGUGCUUGCUGGCUGGAUUCAAAACGAUUUGCUACAAUUGA